UGACAAUCGCCCUUCCGAGUCGUGGGUGACGAGGAAGAUUUAUCUUCCUAAUUCGCAUUCAUAAAUAACAAUACAUUUUUUUAUUUUUGCGGAUAGGAAAUGAUGGGGAAGGGGGCAAUGUUGAGUUUUGUAGCGUUGCUUACAAUGGCCCAGAUGUUGGGACCUGGGGCUGCUUCGGCAGCAAAAAGAGGCAAAAUGGUUACAAUUCUGAGCAUUGACGGGGGAGGUAUUAGGGGGAUUAUUCCGGCCACCAUUCUGGCGCAUCUGGAAUCCAAGCUUCAGGAGCUAGACGGACCCGAGGCGAGAAUUGCAGAUUACUUUGAUGUAGUGGCGGGAACAAGCACGGGUGGGUUAAUGACCGCCAUGCUUACAGCUUCUAACAAAGAUAACCGUCCCUUGUAUGCUGCCAAGGACAUUAACCCAUUUUACAGGGAACAUGGACCAAGAAUCUUCCCGGCAUUCAGCCGAAACAACUUCCUGAAGAAUUUAGGCGGGCCCAAGUACGACGGGAGGUAUCUGAGAGGGCUGGUCAAGAGAUUACUAGGAACCAGAACAAUGAGCGAAACGCUAACAUGUAUUAUUAUACCCAGUUUCGACAUUAAACGCCUUCAGCCUGUUAUGUUCACUACAACUGACGCAAAAGCAAAUGCCAGCAAGAAUGCUCAGCUAUCAGAUGUGUGUCUGGGUACAUCUGCAGCGCCAACUUAUUUCCCACCUUACUAUUUCGAGACCAAAGACGAAGCCGGAAAUAUAUGGAAAUAUAAUCUCAUUGAUGGGGGAGUUGCUGCUAACAAUCCAACUAUGAUGGCCUUAACCCACAUCUCCAAGGAAAUCUUGACGGGAAACGUUCAGUUUAGUAAGAUGGAGCCAUUGGACACCAAGAGAAUGCUGGUUUUGUCAUUGGGCACGGGGGCGGCUAAGAAUGAAGAGAAGUAUGACUGUGCCAAGGCCUCAUCAUGGGGUGUGCUUAGUUGGGUAUUCUACAAUGGCAACUCUCCAUUGAUAGAUAUCUAUGGAGCUGCCGGUGCUGAUAUGGUGGACAUUCAUGUUUCCACCCUCUUUCAAUCCAUAAAAGCUGAGAGGAAUUAUCUCAGGAUUCAGGAUGAUAUGCUGACAGGGGCAUCAUCAUUUGUUGAUAUUGCAACCACAGAAAACAUGGAAAUGCUUGAACAGAUAGGACUUAAUAUAUUGAAGAAACGAGUUUCUCGGGUAAAUCUGGAUACAGGAAGAUAUGAGGAAGUUCAAGGGGAGGGAACCAAUGAAGAAGCUCUAGCCCACUUUGCAAAGAUGCUUUCAGAUGAAAGGAAGAGUCGACAUGCCAACUAAAACGAUACAUACAUACCAUUUGCCAGAACUUCUGUAAUCUCACUAUUUUAUCUUCAGUUCAGAGUCUAACUAAAAGGGACUUGUGUAACACAAUUUUUUCACAAUACUUCGAUUUUCCAGAAAAUGCCACGCUCAAACAUGAGUGCACAAGUAUUUGCAAUC